CCCGUAGUUCCGUACACACUUGUUAUUAUAUGCCUCAGUAAUACACACGCGUACGGUGAAAGAUGGAGCAGCCAAACACGGAACCUAACACAAACGUUAUGAAUGGCGAGGAUGGACAUUUCAAUACCUUCCUCUCUUUGCACUCCGCUGCACUACAGUCCUCAAGAAUCCCACCGCUGUAUUGGAAGAGCUUGUACUACAAACUUAUCAACGAGGUCGGUAGCAUAAUGGCUAAAGCUACAUAUAGCCCUUGAUCAUGACUCUCAGUUCCAUUACGUUACACAUAAGUAAGGGAGUAGUUUUGUUAAGAUGCCCGACGCUCGGUCUGAACAUUAACAUGCAUCGCUUGCGGUACGGUUUUGGAAGCAUAAGGACCUUAUCUUUCAAAUCAGUGAUAAAUAAUAAAAAGGUAAAAUUGAUACACACCUUGAUAGGGAUUAGUGUUCCCACACGGCCAUAUCUUCACGUUACAGCGCUUGUUUACGGAAAAGAAGACAAAAGGCGACCACCUGUGAUAAUUCACUAUCUAGCAUGCUCCGAACACCUAUGUGUAAACAUAACUCGGGAAGUGUAGUUUCGUAUGGCUGUGCCAGUAACCGAAAGGUCGCUGGUUCUAAUCCCCGAGCCGACUAGGUGAAAAAUAUGUCAAUGUGCCCUUGAGCAAGGCACUUAACCCUAAUUGCUCAUGUAAGUCGCUCUGGAUAAGAGCGUCUGCUAAAUGACUAAAAUGUAUAUGGACCCAUGGCUAUAUGGACCCAUAGCUAUAUGGAUCUGUGCAAAAUUGCUACAGUAAGUGUAUCUUUUUUAUUUGAAAGGUUAUUUUUCGCUGAUGAAAGAUAAGGGUCAUAUGUUUCAAAGUGCUUCUACACCUGCAUUACUAGCUGUUUGGGGUUUUAGGCUGGGUUUCUGUACAGCACUUCGAGAUAUUAGCUGAUGUAAGAAGGGCUAUAUAAAAUAAAAUUGAUUGAUUGAUUGAUAUCAAAAGCGAUCAUUAUUGAUGUUUCUAAAUGUUAAAAUCAAAGAUGUGUAUAAACCCUGGAUAACAGACAGGGCGCUGUAUUGAACCCACUGUGCAGCCAUCUUGAUACUCCCCAAUGUAAAAAUGAUUUUGGAAGCUACAGAAAUGCAUUUAUUAAUGUCUACAUUAGUUUUUUCAUUAGUUUUUUCUAUUACAGACACCUUAAUGCAUAGGCUACUUUUCAAUUAUAUUAUGUGAGCUAAACAUAAAAAUGAAAAAAUAUAUACAAACAUUUUCCUUAAUGUAUUUUUUAGAGAGUACUAAUGUUACCGUCCCCACUACAACAACAAAAAUACUUAAAUACAUGUCAUUUUGUCCUUUUAAUUGAAAUACUGUAGAAUUCCAUUCAUUCCUAUGGAGGACUGCUCCUACUGGGGAGUGCUAAAAUGGCUGACCGGUGGCUUCAAAGCCUCUCAAUCAAUUAAAAUAAAAUUGUAUUGGUCACAUACAGAUAUUUAGCAGAUGUUAUUGCGGGUGUAGCGAAAUGCUUGUGUUUCUAGCUCUAACAGUGCAGUAGUAUCUAACAAUUCACAACAACACACACAAAUCUAAAAGUAGAACGCCUCUCAAUCAAUUAAAAUAAAAUUGUAUUGGUCACAUACAGAUAUUUAGCAGAUGUUAUUGCGGGUGUAGCGAAAUGCUUGUGUUUCUAGCUCUAACAGUGCAGUAGUAUCUAACAAUUCACAACAAUACACACAAAUCUAAAAGUAGAACGAUGGAGUUAAGAAAUAUAUAAAUAAUAGGACAAGCAAUGUCGAAGUGGCAUAGACUAAAAUACAGUAGAAUAGAAUACAGUAUAUACAUAUGGAGAUGAGUAAAGCAAAAAUAUGUAAACAUUAUUAAAGUGGCUAGUGUUCCAUUAUUAAAGUGGAUCAUCAGAGGAGGAUCAUCCUUCUCAUUGAAUUUCAUAAAAAUAGUGAAACAUUAAAGUGAUUAUUUUUAGAUAAAACUAUACUGAAAAAAUAUAUAAAUGCAGCAUGCAACAAUUUAAUUGAUUUUACUGAGUUACAGUUCAUAUAAGUUGGUCACAGAUACCUUUUUAAAAAAUGGGCCUCACAAUGGGCCUCAGGAUCUCAUCACGGUAUUUUUGUGCAUUCAAAUUGCCAUUGAUAAAAUGCAAUUGUGUUUGUUGUCCGUAGCUUAUGCCUGCCCAUACCAUAACCCUACCGCCACCACGGGGCACUCUGUUCACAAUGUUGACAUCAGCAAACCGCUCGCCCACAUAACGCCAUACACAUGGUCUGUGGUUGUGAGGCUUGUUUGACGUACUGCCAAAUUCUCUGAAAUGACGGUGGAGGCGACUUAUGGUAGAGAAAUUAACAUUAAAGUAUCUGGCAACAGCACUAGUGGGCAUUCCUGCAGUCAGCAUGCCAAUUGCACGCUCCCUCAAAACAUGAGACAUCUGUGGCAUUGUGUUGUGACAAAACAGCACAUUUUAGUGGCUUUUUAUUGUCCCCAGCACAAGGUGCACCUGUGUAAUGAUCCUGCUGUUUAAUCAGCUUCUUGAUAUGCCACGACUGCCAGGUGGAUGGAUUAUCUUGGCAAAGGAGAAAUGCUCACUAAUAGGCAUGUGUGCCCAAAAUGAGAGAAAUAAGCUUUUUGUGCAUAUGGAACAUUUCUGGGAUCUUUUAUUUCAGCUCAUGAAACAUGGGACCAACACUUUACAUGUUGUGUUUAUAUUUAUUGUUCAGUGUAAAUAUUCAUGUCACCUUAUAACUGAUUAAAACACACGGUUUUGUAAUGAAGGUCUACAGUAUCCUCAAUAGCACUCUCUAGGUUAGCACCAUGGUGUAGCCAGCCAGAGGACAGCUAUUUGUAGUCCUCCUCUGGGUACAUUGACUAAAAUCCAAACCAAGGAGGCUCAUGGUUCUCACCCCCUGACAUAGACUUGCACAGUAAUUAUGACGACUUCCGGAAGACUUCCUCCAACUUAUCAGAGCUCUUGCAGCAUGAACUGACAUGUUGUCCAUCCAAUCAAAGGAUCAGAGAAAAAUUCUAGUACUAAAAACAUAAGGUACAGCUAGCUAGCACUGCAGUGCAUCAAAUGUGUUGAGUAGUUGACUCAGAAAGACAAUAGUUGAAUAGUUUUGAAGAGCUAUAUUUCAUUGUUUUUUUUCACCUUCACUCACUUAGCUAGCUAAUGCAUCUAAUUUAGCCUACUCAACAACCUGACUCAAAACGAGAGGAAUGCUAUUUAUGUUAGCUAGCUGGCUAAGGCUAUCCAACACUGCAACUCUUCCAAAUCAAGGUAAGCUUUCGGUUUUAUUAAUUUGUUGCCACCGGGUCCUACCAGUGUGAAUGCUAAACUGCUUGCUGUAUGCUGUACUGCGAGUUUGUUCACAUGGAUUGGAUUGUGGGUUUACUAACGUGUUAGUUCUGGUAGCUAUGUUGAGUGAAGUUAGCUAAUGUGGUGACAACGAUGUAGGCGCUGUGUAGCGGUUAACUGUUAUGGUAUGAAAGUUUGGCUUGGAGAGGUUUUUUCGCCUGGUCACAGACAGCUAUUGUGUUGUGCACUGAAGUCCACAAGUGAGAGGAAAAGGUGAGAGGAAGAGAGAGCGUAGAUGCGAGAACGGAAUCAUAUAACGAGCAAAGUGAUGAUGCUGUUUGUAUGUGGCUGCUAUGAAAUUGAACUGUGUUUGCGGGUGAUCAGGGGUGUAUUCAUUCCUCUGAUUCUGUUGAAAAGGUUUCUUAAACAGAAGCAAACGGAACGAAAUGGGGAUGGACCUACCUGAAUUUGUCCAAUAGAAACUCUCGUUAGUGUUUAGACUAAUGAUUACACCUUAGAUUAGCUAGAUGCAGGCAAGAGUGUGCAAGGCGGUAUUGAACUUGUCACUGUCUGUCACCUUGAUUAUUCCAAUUUGUCUCUCGACCUGUGCACCUACAGUGCAUUCGGAAAUUAUUCAGACCCCUUGAUUUUUGCCACAUUUUGUUACAUUACAGCCUUAUUCUAGAAUGGAUUAAAUAGUUUCCCCCCCCUCAUCAAUCUACACAUAAUACCCCAUAAUGACAAAGCAAAAAGUAUUCAGACCCUUUACUCAGUACUUUUGUUGAAGCAACUUUGGCAGCAAUUACAGCCUCAAGUUUUUUUGGGUAUGACACUACAAGCUUGGCGCACCUGUAUUUGGGGAGUUUCUCCCAUUCUUCUCUGCAGAUCCUCUCAAGCUCUGUCAGGUUGGAUGGGGAGCGUCGCUGCACAGCUAUUUUCAGGUCUCUCCAGAGAUGUUAGAUCGGGUUCAAGUCCGGGCUCUGGUUGGGCCACUCAAGGACAUUCAGAGACUUGUCCCGAAGCCACUCCUGUGUUGUCUUGGCUGUGUGCUUAGGUUCGUUGUCCUGUUGGAAGGUGAACCUUCACCCCAGUCUGAGGUCCUGAGCGCUCUGGAGCAGGUUUUCAUCAAGUAUCUCUCUGUACUUUGCUCCGUUCAUCUUUCCCUCAAUCCUGACAAGUCUUAUAGUCCCUGCCGCUGAAAAACAUCCCCACAGCAUGAUGCUGCCACCACCAUGCUUCACCGUAGGGAUGCUGCCAGGUUUCCUCCAGAUGUGACGCUUGGCAUUCAGGGUAAAGAGUUCAAUCUUGGUUUCAUCAGACCAGAGAAUCUUUAGGUGCCUUUUAGCAAACUCCAAGCGGGCUGUCAUGUGCAUUUUACUGAGGAGUGGCUUCCGUCUGGCCACUCUACCAUAAAGGCCUGAUUGGUGGUGCUGCAGAGAUGGUUGACCUUCUGGAAGGUUCUCCCAUCUCCACAGAGGAACUCUAGAGCUCUGUCAGAGUGACCAUCGGGUUCUUGGUCACCUCCCUGACCAAGGCCCUUCUCCCCCGAUUGCUCAGUUUGGCCGGGCAGCCAGCUCUAGGAAGAGUCUUGGUGGUUCCAAACUUCUUCCAUUUAAGAAUGAUGGAGGCCACUGUGUUCUUGGGGACCUUCAAUGCUGCACAAAUGGUUUGGUACCCUUACCCAGAUCUGUGCCUCGACACAAUCCUGUCUCGGAGCUCUACGGACAAUUCCUUCAACCUCAUGGCUUGGUUUUUGCUCUGACAUGCACUGUCAACUGUGGGACCUUAUAUACAGGGGUGCACAUAACUUUUUCAGUGAGUUACUCAGGUGAGUACCAGCAGAUGGUGUCUGGUACUCACCCCAUAUGUAGCGUGGUCUUAAUAAGUGCAGUCUUCCUCACUGUCCUCCUCAGUGCCGCCACCACUGUCCUCCUCAGUGCCGCCACCACUGUCCUCCUCAGUGCCGCCACCACUGUCCUCUUCAAUGUCGCCCCCACUGUCCUCUUCUUCAGCUUCCUCCAUUGUAGAUGAUGAAGAUGCUGCAGAUGCACCUCCCUGUCUUUGGUUAAGCCUCUGAUUAGCUGUCUCCAUCCACAGGUCAACAGCAGGCUUUGGGUCAAAUGUCUCUGUGGUCUGCUUUGACAGGUGAAUGUGCAUCAGGGCUGAGAGACAAGCAUGUGACAGACGAGAUCUGUACUUGGUUUUUAUUAUGUUGAGAUGUGAGAAUCCCCUCUCCCAAGCUGCACUGCUUAAAGGCAGUGUAAGAGACAGCUUAACCACCUUAUUGAUGUUUAAGUAAGCAUCUGGGUUACUUGUAUUUACUAUUUGGACCAAGUCAUACACAGAAGAGGCUCCCAAGCGUUUUCCUGCCUGCUUUAAGCGCAUCCAUUCUGUCACAGUGGUAUCUUUGUCAAGUUGCAAGGUGGCCUCAUAUUUCUUGAGAAUGCUGCAAACUGUUGUGUUUCCAAAACUGUGGAGGUCUUGCAUUUCCUGAGGCCAUGUUGAAGGAUCAAAUAGUAAGAAAUUAUCACAUGACUUGAGGGAGUCAUCUGAUUUCAAACUCUUCAAUUAACCCCCUGAGUAAGUGUGUCUUGUCUCUGUCAGCAUCAGCAUUGGAAACAGUGUGUGCCCUGUGGCUUUCACCAUCAAGCAGAAGUGUGAACUGUCCAAUGGCCACCAUGAGUUCAUCCUUACAUUCUCUAAUGGUCAGCUUUUCUUUCUGAAAUCUAAUGGAUGUGGUCUUCAAAAUGUUGCAAAUGUCAAGCAUGUUUGACAGAAAGCACUGAAAACGCUCUGUGCAGAUAUGCUGCAAGUCACUGUUUUCACUCGUAACCAGUUGCAUUUUAAUGGCUGGCAAUAGUCUUGAUAUUUUUAACAGUGUUUCAUGCCUCCAUGCAGACCAUCUGAUAUUAUGAAACAUACCCAGUUUCACAAAGGAGAUCCCAUUUUCUUCACAUAGCUUAUUCAGUGCAGCAGUUUUUUUUGCUCCACCUUCUUGUAAAUAGAACUGCAGCAGCUUGACCACAGAGCGAUUAAAUGUCUCACAGUAAGGAACGUUGCGAUCAGCUGAUUUCGCGCAAUUCUCCAGUGUGUGUGCGGUGCACAGAAUGUGCAGAAGGGAGUCUCCAACCGCAGCAAGUUUCCGGAGUUUUGGCACAACGCCGUUGUAGAUUGACAGCAGCCCCGUCUGUGCACACAGCGACCAACUUUGUUGUCCAGGCAUCCAAGCCUGUGUCCUGGAAAAGUCUCACAAGUCCAUCUGUUAUGGCCUGCGCGGUUCGGUCAGCACCCAAUUCAAUCAGUCCAAUAAAGUCCGAAGUAAACUCUCCGUUGCUGGACACAGACACAAUGUAAACGAUUUCCUGCUCAGUUUUUGUGAUGUCCUCAGAUCCAUCAAAAAGCAGCCCCCAAAAUUCAGCAGACUGCAACUUGGCUCGGAACUCCCCGAUGAUGGUGUGAGCGAUGCUCUGCAUGAUCCGUGUGCCCCCUUCACGUGAAUGAUAUGCACCUCCGACAUUUACUCCUAGCCGCUUCAGUAAAGGAACAUCCUCAGAAUAGGAAGACAUGGGACGUGCGUGUUUAGCUUUAUGGAAGGCGAGGAGAAAAAUAUUAAACAGAGCUUGCCGCUGUUCUUCAUUCAGCUUGUCUCACCAUCUGGCAAGUGGGCGACUGGACAUUUCUUCUCAGCUAGCUUAGCAAUGGCUUGCGCCACAUUCGUGUGCUCCUUGCUCUUUUCAUGUUUGUCAAAUAAAGGAUGGUUGAAAUUCUUUGAGCCUUUAUAAAAUGCACCCGUUUUGUCUGCUAGAUGUGGAUUUGAGCGGCAAAUCUUGCACCACAUUUCAGUGCGCUCAUCGUUAGCUUCAAGCCACUGCACAUCUUGGAGCCACUUUUCCGAAAAAAAGUAUUUUCUUCGGCUCUGGCUCCAGUUGGCGUUUCUUUGUAGGUGGCGAAACGCCAAAGAAGCUGCUUAAUGUCUGUUGCUUUUUGGACAUCCCUGACAGUAGUUGACAAGCAACAUGUCAUGUGUAAGGUUAGAUGAGAAGAUCGGUCAAGUACGCAAAGGCGCGUAGUAACACAAGUGGCAUUACGCAUUCCUGAUUUAUGUCGCGCUUGCGUACCUGCGUACCAGUUAUGUGCUAAUAUAGACAGGUGUGUGCCUUUCCAAAUCAUGUCCAAUCAAUUGAAUUUACCACAGGUGGACUCCAAUCAAGUUGUAGAAACAUCUCAUGGAUGAUCAGUGGAAACAAGAUGCACCUGAGCUCAAUUUCGAGUCUCAUAGCAAAGGGUCUGAAUACCUAUGUAAAUAAGGUGUUUUGUUUUGUUUUGUAUUUUUAAUACAUUUGCCGAAAUUUCUAACAACCUGUUUUUGCUUUGUCAUUAUUGUGUAGAUUGAGGAAUUUUUUUUAUUCAAUACAUUUUAGAAUAAGGCUGUAACGUAACAAAAUGUGGAAAAGGUCAAGGGGUCUGAAUACUUUCCGAAUGUGCUGUACGUUAUAAACCUUCAUUUGUAGGCUAGGUUGUAGCAACCUCAUGAUGGGUAUUGGGGAAAUGUGAGUAUCAUGUAGUAGCCUAAACCUAUCAAUGUAACAUUGAGCUGGGUGAAUGGAAUAUGAAUGACUAAUUCAAUGUAAUGUGAUUUAAAAAUGCUAAUUUGAAGAAGAAAAAAGAAUCCUCCCUAAUCUUAAACGGCCCAACCUCCACUGGAGCUAGGCUAGAUAAUAUUAGCUACGGCUCAGUAUCAGAUCCAAUGCCUGUCUGAUUGAAUGGUUUGCAUGUUUAACAGUUGUUUUUAAUGCAAUUUCAAUGUUAUUCUGUGCGUGCAGUUUAAUUAUGUUAUUUAAUUGGGUUUUAUAGUUAUCUGACUAGCCUACCUAAAUCUGCCCUCGCUGUUCGGUUCUAGGUGUACGAUGCAGGAGAAGUGUUUGGCAUCAUGCAGGUACAACAGGACGAUGAAGAAGGAGAUGAAGAGAGAAAGAAGGCUUGUCCUAGUGGAGAGAUUACGUGUAAAGUGGUUGUGACCAGGGGGACUGGCAUGCAAGCCUCAGAUGCCACCAGGUGAGGGCGCUUUAGUCAUAAUAAAUAACCACCUGUUGUUCACCAUCUCAUGCAAGUCACCCCCUCACUUUUUCACAGAGAUAUGCAGUUGAUUUUUUAUGUUCUCAAGGUCAAGAGCACAGAAUGUUUUUAUAAGUAGGUGUAAAACUACGGCUAGUAUUGUAUAAAGUGGAUACACUUAUUUUUUUAGCGCUUAGGCCAACCCAUUUUUUUACACAUCCCAGAGACAUACUAGCAGUCCACCUCCCUCUACAUCUCGUUCAUUCUUCGCCUGCCCUGCCUCCUAAUCACUUCCUCUUCCAUCUCCCUAUCCUUUACCUCUUCUCCUCUAAUCCCUCCAUCCUCCAGUAUCUUCCUGGUUGACCAUGCAUGGACAUACCGUGUGGAGAGCUCCAGGCAGCAGCUAGAGCAGAUCCCCGGCCUUCUACCCAGGAUGGCUUCCCUCAUGGGGCUUGACUUCCACGGAGAGGCUCCUGACCCAAACGUUGUGGAGCUGGUGCUGAAACAAAUGUGGAAGUACAACCAGACGUACCAGCUGGCCCAGGGGGUAUGAGUACUCUCUCUCUCUCUCUCUCACACACGCACACUAUUUUUUUCUGUCUCUCUAACCCCCCCCUUCCUGUGUGUGUGUGUCCAGUCAGCAGAGGAAAAAGUGCCCGUCUGGUACAUCAUGGAUGAGUUUGGCUCCCAGGUGCAGCACUCUGACCAGCCUACCUGUUGCAUGGCCCCCUUCUUCUACACACAGGGCCAGCUGGCCUACACUGUGCUCUGGCCUCUCACAGACCUGCAGGAGGGAGGUAUAGACACUCAUGAGCGUGUGCAUAUAUAUACACACACACUUAUUCACAGUGUAGGGCUCUGAGUCUUGAUGAAUACCGAGAACAAAACGACAAACACUCCAAUUAAAGAUUUUAUAAAUGACCAGCCGUGAAGAGUUGUAUACGAGAAGCAUACAAGCUUUAACACACAUGGAUCUCAAUCACCACUUGAUAUACAUUAGAGAGAGGGGAGUUUCCUCAACCUAUGGAAUCCAUGCAAUGGUAAUCAUAAUAAAUCUCAAUGACAGAAGGAAAUAUAAACGCAAAAAAAUAUAAACGCAACAUGCAACAAUUUCAAAGAUUUGACUAAGUUACAGUUCAUAUAAGGAAAUCAAUCAAUUGAAACGCCAUAAUCUAUGGAUUUCACAUGACUGGGAAUACAGAUAUUAAUCUGUUGGUCACAGAUACCACAUUAAAAAAAUUUAGGGGCGUGGAUCAGAAAACCAGUCAGUAUCUGGUGUGACCACCAUUUGCGUCAUGCUCCUCUUCAAUGGCUGUGCGAAGUUGCUGGAUAUUGGCGGGAACUGGAACAUGCUGUCGUACAAGUCCAUCCAGAGCAUCCCAAACAUGCUCAAUGGGUGACAUGAAAAUAACAUGGCUAGAAACAUAGAAAAUAAGAUGGCUAUGUAUAGGGAGUACCAGUACUGAGUGGAUGUGCCAGGGUACGAGGUAAUUGAGCUAGCUAUGUACUGUACAUAUAGGUAGGAGUAAAGUGACAGAAUAGAUAAGACUGUGCCAGCAGCAUAAGUGAAAAUGUGUGUGUGUGUGGCGUCAGUAUGUGUGUGCUUGUUAUGUGUGUGUUGGGAUGUUAGUGUGCAGUGCCUUCAGAAAGUAUUUACACCCUUUUACUUUUUCCACAUUUUAUUGUUACAACCUGAACUUAAAAUUAAUUAAAUUGAGAUUUUGGGUCACAGGCAUACACACAAUACCCCAUAAUUUUUUUACAAUAAAAUAAAAUGAAAAGCAGAAAUGUCUUGUCAAUAAGUAUUCAACCCGUUUGUUACGGCAAGCCUAAAUAAGUUUAGGGGUACAGAAUUGCUUAACAAGUCACAGAGUAAGUUGCAUGGACUCACUCGGUGUGCAAAGCGUUACAGCAUUUGAGCAUGGUGAUGUUAUUAAUUACACUUUGGAUGGUCUAUCAAUACACCCAGUCACUACAAAGAUACAGGUGUCCUUCCUAAUGGAGUUGCCGGAGAGGAAAGAAACCGCUCAGGGAGGUCACAAUGAGGCCAACAGUGACUUUAAAACAGUUAGUUUAUUGGCUGUGAUAGGAGAACUGAGGAUGGAUCAACAACAUUGUAGUUAUUCCACAAGACUAACCUAAAUGACAGAGUGAAAAGAAGGAAGUCUGUACAGAAUACAAAUAUUCCAAAACAUACUUUCUGAAGGCAUUGUAUAGUCCACACCUCGUGUUUUUAUGUCCUGGGCCAUUCAAGUCUAUUGGAGGUACGCCAGAUGUUCUUGUCGAGCCAAGGGGGCCUUGUACAAUGUAAUCCGCUUGUAAGCCUUCAAGAGAGCAGUGUUUUAUAUUGUGUGGUUAACACUACAGGGUUUAAACAUACUAUUUGGCCAUAGCCCUCAGAUCACAAUACCUACAUUUAAGUUGCUGAACUAAUAAUGUUUACCACACAGACACACCAUUGGGGGAGGUGCUUUAGCUUUGGUAGGGUAGGCCCCCAGGCUUCUCACUGGUGAAUACAUGGAGAUGCCAUUGAAGUGGGCCAUCAGUGACAAAAAGCUGAAGUGGGCCAUCAGUGACAAAAAGCUUUCCAUCUUCCCCAGGCCUAUAUUCACACUUACAUGCUUUCAAAGCCUGGCCAACAAUGAUCCAUGUAAUCUAUAGGCUAGGUCUGAUGAACCGGUCAGUGCGUCUCUCUCUCAAUCUUUCUCACAUGCGUUUUCCCCAUAUAUCCCCAGAACCUUUUUUUUCAGUGUCUGUCUCUCUUUUAACUAAGUUUCCCUCCUCUCUUCCAGAGGAAGUGACACGGGACUAUGCUUAUGGCGAGAGCAACCCUCUGGUGAGGAGAUGUCGAUUGUUGCCGUGGAUACCAGCUGACUUGGUAGGGGUCAACACUCUGACCCCUGAACCCUCUGAUCUCUACUAUGAGGUAGGGAGACAAGAAACAUGUUUCUAGUGUCAAUACAGUCAGCCAAUUAAUUACUCACUCAAUGUCUUGAGGAAGUUCAUAAGUGAAAAGUCUACACAUGAAACCUUUAGAGGUCAAAUUAAUGACAUUUUGAACUAUGGUUAAAGAUGUCCUCCAGUGAAUUGUUAUUUUAUUUGCAUUUUUAUGAAAAGCGAUAUCCCAAGUACAAAUACAGUAAAGUACCCAUACUAAAGGGUGAAAAAAAAUAUGUUUUGAACAAAAUAGUGUUUUUUAGACACAACUGCAAACUGCAAGGAGUAGGGCAUUCAAGGAGUUGAUGUGAUGGGAUUCUGUUGCUUGAGGAGCAGUAGAGAACUAAAGAGGAAAGCCCCCCCCCCCACACUUGUGCCAUGUCAUGACUUACCUGGACCAGUUAUUGAGAUGUGCCUUUUGUUAAGAAAAUCUGGUGUUAAAUGGGGUGAAAAGCAGACUGGAGCGCCAUUUUAAACUGCCAACACCUCUCCCCUCUCUUUCUCUCUCCCCGUCUUUCUCUCCUCAGACCAUUUCACAGGAGAACAAGGAGAUUCUUCCUCUGGACAUUCGGCCCCAUACUGUCCCCAAAGACAAAGUACUCAAGUCAGUCCAAGUCCAUUUUUAUUUCAUUACCAUUAAUGAGAUAUGACAUAUAAUCAUGCUCACAAAACCCCUUUGUGUGCAUGCCUUGCAGGGUAUACACAGAGAUGGGGCAAGUUCUAAACAAUCUCCAUCACCCACGGUUCACAUUCACAGAGACUGAAGAAGAGGCUGAUAUUCUUUGGACCUUCUCCCACAUCAGAGACUACAGGUCAACACACAGACACACACUUUCAACAAGUACCCAAAACACUUUUCCAUUAUUUAAUUACACUGAAUUCCUAUGAGAAUCUACGGGCGGCAGGUAGCUUAGUGGGUAAGAGCGUUGUGCCAGUAACCGAAAGGUCGCUGGUUCUAAUCCCCGAGCCGACUAGGUGAAAAUCUGUCGAUGUGCCCUUAAGCAAGGCACUUAACCCUAAUUGCUCAUGUAAGUCGCUCUGGAUAAGAGCGUCUGCUAAAUGACUAAAAUGUAAAUGUAAAUGUACCCAACAUAUCAAGCCAUGUCAAACUGCAUUCUUAUUUCAUAACUGAUAGUCUUCACUUCUACAACUGUGGGGUUUUCACUAGAUGUGGGCUUUUUGGUGUGCUCUCUAAAUCGGUUGCCUUUGGCUGACACCACAGUGUCGUCUUAGUAAGAUCACGGCUCACUUCACCACAACCAGUAUCUUACGUCUGCCUGCCCCUAGCUGUGACAAUCACAGACAGCACAGAUACGUAUAUAACUCAGGUGGCCUUCCAAGUGUGAGCACUUUAGUAAGUAGUGCUAAGUGACAUGUAAAUGAUGUUGAGAUACUUCAAAUUAUAGUUAUUUUAUAGUGCAUUGGGACAGACAUAGCUGCUCUCUGUCCCAAUGACACACACCACAGAUAACACUUUAACCAAAAACUCCAGGCUGUUUGGGCGGUGAGAUAAGUCUCCAGGGAUCUGGCCUCAAUCUUAUCUGUCUAAUAAGAGUACAAUUGAUUUAUUGACAACUUACCCAUCUAGGAUCAGCUGUCUCAAUCCUAGCCUUGAUGUGAAAAAUACCAAACUAAUAAUAAUCCUAAACUGACUCUCCCCCCCUCCACAGGAAGUUAAGUGAGGAGCGUCCUCACGUUAUGACCAAUCAGUUUCCCUGUGAGACGGUUGUCACGGUGAAGGACUGCCUCUCCGCCGUGUCGCGGAGGGCCCGGGGGGGCCAGGGGGCCGAGUGGCUGCCAGAGACAUUCAACCUGCAGACCGAGCUGCCUCAGUUUGUCAGACAUUACCAACAAAGACAAGAGCGGUGCGCUCAGAUGAUCAGACACCUCCCUUCAUAUAGGACAUCAGACAGUGCUGAAAGUUAUUAGCUUUAUACGUUUUUAUAUAAGUAAUUGUGUGUGUGUGUGUCUGUUCCAGGGGAGAAGACAAUCAUUGGAUCUGUAAGCCUUGGAACCUGGCCCGUGGGCUGGACACACACAUCACCAAUAACCUAGACUACAUCAUCAGACAGCGAGAGAGCACGCCCAAGGUAACACACACACCAUGGUCAUGUGAAAAACAAUUAUGGAAAAGCACCCCAAUUUACCCAAUGUACUGUACUCCCCCAACCCCAGAUAAGCUAUUUUAGAGCACAGACUGAAAUAUUAACAACACUAGUCUUCUCUGUUGAAGGCCUGGGGUUUUGUGUCCCAUGUGGUUCGAUCAUUAACCCCUCUGAGACCCUUUCCAGAUGGCCUCAGGCCAGAAGUUGAUUGAUCAAGCCAUUAACCCCUCACUACCCCCCUUUAUUAUUUACAUGUCACUUUGCACUACUCACGCUUUAGUGCUCACAGGUUACAUUCAAUAGGUAAGAUGCAGAACAUUUAUUCUAAAUCAACCACAGACAUCCUGUCAUCACAGACAUCCUGUUAUCAACAGCUCAAGAUUCUGUGUCAAAGGCCACCUCAUUUGUAUACAUCUCUGGGCCUCUUUACACUACACUACUUUGACAACACAAACUAGGUCCAGGAGGGAUACAGUGCAUCCAGAAAUUAUUCAUACCCCUUGAGUUAUUCCACAUUUUGUUGUUACAGCCUGAAUUCAAAGUUGAUUAGAUAUUUAUUUUUUCUCACCCAUCUACACACAAUACCCCAUAAUGACAGUGAUAACAUGUUUUUAAAUAUGUUUGCAAAUUUAUUGACAAUGAAAUACAGAAAUAUCACAUUUACAUAAGUAUUCACACCCCUGCGUCAAUACUUUGUAGAAGCACAUUUUGACAGCGAUUACAGCUUUCUGGGUAAGUCCCUAAGAACUUUCCACAUCUGGAUUGUGCAACAUUUACCCAUUAUUCUUUUCAAAAUUCUUCAAGCUCUGUCAAAUUGGUCGUUGAUCAUUGCUAGACAACUUUUUUCAGGUCUUGCCAUAGAUUUUAAAGUAGAUUUAAGUCAAAACUGUAACUCGGCAACUCAGGAACAUUCACUGUCUCUUUUUGGUAAGCAAGUCCAGUGUAUAUUUGGCCUUGUGUUUUUAGGUUAUUGUCCUGCUGAAAUGUGAAUUAAUCUCGCAGUGUCUGUGCUUAGCUCUAUUCCAUUUCUUUUUUUAUCCUGAAAAACUCCCCAGUCCUUAAUGAUUACAAGCAUAGCCAUAACAUGAUGCAGCCACUGAUGGGGAUUUUUCAGUAGACUAUAGUUAAAUCUCUUCAGACUCAGUAGACUAUAAGAUAAACAUAGUUAAUCACAACAUGACGAACACGGAGACAGGGUUAAACAUGGGUACAUCUCUGUUGCUAGGCAAGAACUUAAUUGGUUCCUCUCACUGGUGUAGUCAUUGCCCUGCCUGGUGUAUGUGUGUGUGAAAUAGGACAGUUUAUUCUCUUUUCAUCUGACCUGUCUUCGGGUCAAAUUCCUCGCUCCUCCCUAAUCCACGGCUGUCCUGCCUUAUCAGUGACUGAAACCAGACUGUUGCCCUUUGCCUCUCUCCUUAGGCAUAUUCCUGGAACGGAGCCAGGGUUGAACAGAGUUCAGACUAAACAUGGUUAAUCACAGCAUGAGGGGCGUUGGGACUGAGUGGUACAGAGGGAGGAGGCUGGUAUAUGUUUGAGAAAUUGAUUAUGGACCUGCCAUGUUUUAAGCCAUGUUUAAGUAUUUAUUGAUAUGUUUGGGAAUCAAUUAGGGGGUCAGAAAAGGGCUCUGUUAUUUUUACAUGACAGGACUGUUAUUUUUGCAUGACAGGGCUUGGUCCCACCACUAUAUUCAAUGUCUGCUUUUUAAAUGUUUACCCAUCUACCAAUAGGUGCCCUUUUUUGCGAGGCAUUGGAAAACCUCCCUGGUCUUUGGUUAAAUCUGUGUUUUGAAAUUCACUGCUCGACUGAGGGACCUUAUAGAUAAUACAGUGGGGGAAAAAAGUAUUUAGUCAGCCACCAAUUGUGCAAGUUCUCCCACUUAAAAAGAUGAGAGGCCUGUAAUUUUCAUCAUAGGUACACGUCAACUAUGACAGACAAAAUGAGGAAAAAAAACCCAGAUAAUCACAUUGUAGGAUGUUUUAUGAAUUUAUUUGCAAUUUCAGCCAAAGGCAGACUCAGAGAACACCAUAAUGCCAUACACAUCUAGUCAAAACAUCACAUUGGGAAGUGAACACUAUGAACACAUCAAUUAGAUAUAGCUUGAUAAAUGAAGGAGUGUGUUGACUAGGCCUAUUGGUUGAAAAAGUGUGUGUGUAUACGUGCAUGCAUCUGUGUAUUUAUGCCUGUGUAUGUGUGUGUGUCUCCCAGGUGGUGUGUAAGUACCUGGAGGAUCCGGUGCUGUUUGAGAGGGAGGAGGUGGGGAUGGUGAAGUUUGAUAUCCGCUACAUGCUGCUGCUGCGCUCAGUUCAGCCUCUACGCCUCUACGCCUACAAAGUGUUCUGGCUGCGCUUUGCCAACAGGUUAGACACAAACACACACGCUUCCCCUCAACUGCUGCAGAAAGUGGAGCUUCCUUGCAACACUUGAUUGUACAAGUUUGUCAUGCUGACUUUCACCACAAAAUGCUGGGCUAUACUGGGUUUCUUUCUUUUCAAUAGGAAACCAAUAAAUCACAUUUUAUUUAUCACAUGCGCCGAAUACAACUGUUGACGACUUUACAGUGAAAUGCUUGUUUAUAAACCUUUCCCAACGAUGCAGAUUAAAUAAAUAAAUAAGAAUCCAAAAUAAAAUGGUAACUAACACGAGGAAUAAAAUAAUAUACACACGAAUGGAGCAACAUACAGGGAGUACCAGUACCAGAGGCAUCUGACUAGGCAUCAGGAUCGAUAAUAAUAAGAGUAAAAUAAAGAACAGAGUAGCAGCAGCAAAUGAUGAGUGUAAAAGUGUGUUUGUGUGUGUGUGUGUGUAUGUAUUGUUUGACUGGAGGGGGGGGGUGUCAAUGUAAAUAGUUUGGGUGGCCAUUUUAUUAAUUGUUCAGCAGUCUUAUGGCUUGGGGUUAGAAGCUGUUAAGAAGCAUUUUGGUCCUAGACUUGGCGCUCCGGUACCGCUUGCUGUGCGGUAGCAGAGAGAACAGUCUAUGACUUGGGUGACUGGAGUCUUUGACCAUUUUCUGCGCCUUACGGUCAGAUGCCGAGCAGUUGCCAUACCAGGCGGUGACGCAACCGGUCAGGAUGCUCUCGAUGGUGCAGCUGUAGAACUUUUUGAGGAUCUGGGGAUUCAUGCCAAAUCUUUUCAGUCUCCUGAGGGGAAAAAGGUGUUGUCGUACCCUCUUCACGACUGUCUUGGUGUGUUUGGACCAUGAUCGUUUGUUGGUGAUGUGGACGCCAAGGAACUUGAAACUCUCAACCUGCUCCACUAUAGCCCCAUCGACGAUAAUGGAGGCCUGUUCGGCCCGCCUUUUCCUGUAGGUCACGAUCAGCUCCUUUGUCUUAAUCGCAUUGAGGGAGAGGUUGUUGUCCUGGCACCACACUGCCAGGUCUUUGACCUCCUUCCUAUAUGCUGUCUCAUCGUUGUCUGUGAUCAGGCCUACCCCUGUUGUGUCGUAAGCAAACUUUAAUGAUGGUGUUGGAGUAGUGUUUGGCCACGCAGUCGUGGGUGAACAGGGAGUACAGGAGGGGACUAAGCAUGCACCCCUGAGGGGCCCCAGUGUUGAGGAUCAGCGUGGCAUAUGUGUUGUUGCCUACCCUUACCACCUGGAGGCGGCCCGUCAGGAAGUCCAGGAUCCAGUUGCAGAGGGAGGUGUUUAGUCCCAGGGUCCUUAGCUUAGUGAUGAGCUUUUUGGGCACUAUGGUGUUGAACGCUCAGCAUUCUCACAUAGGUGUUCCUUUUGUCCAGGUGGGAAAGGGCAGUGUGGAGUGCGAUUGAGAUUGCGUGAUCUGUUGGGGCGGUAUGCGAAUUGGAGUGGGUCUAGGGUUUCCGUGAUGAUGGUGUUGAUGUGAACCCUGCUGAACUUUCUGAAACCGUCUUUCUCCACAGUUUGAAUUGGUUCCAUGUCUUUCGCUAUGUGAUACGUAAUUGCACUCGUUAUCGCAUUCCACUUCUUGCUCUUCUUGUCAUAGGGAGUACCACUAACGAAUGAUGCCUUGAGUGAUAGCUGAAUGCGGGUCUGGCUUGAAGAUGUCUUGGGACUUGCUCCGCUACUCCGGGGGUUUGUUGCACGCAUUCUGGUAGAUUGCUGGCGUUUCCACCUUUGGCUAGCACAAUGCGUCGACACAACUUACACAGUACUGUUUGUUGGUCGAGGUCGGGUGUCUUCAAGCCAAACCAGUUCCAAACGACAGAGGAGGCCCCCUUUUUUCAAACCAAUUCUUCGUCUUCCUGCAAAUUAACCUCAACAGCAUUAUUUUCGUUGUCUUCAGUCAUUCUCAAUGCUUGCUUACACUUUUGCGCUUGAUUUUCGGACACUUUUGCUAACGAAAGUUUACUUAACUAAAUGUUUGCUUACUCUGCAGUUGUGCAUGUUUGUUUGUUAACUUUGAUUGGCAGGCAGAUUGCGUGUAACGUCCAUGCUUCUAGUUUUGUUCUUUGAUAAAAAAAGGCUAUGUUUUUAUCACUCGACUGAAAUUUAGAAUGAAACAAAAACGCCUUAUUUCAUACAUUUAUUAAUUUAUUAUGAUAUGCACAAUAUGGCAAUAUCCAUAUCAUGGCACACCAUCAUAUCGGUAUUCACGUUCAUACCGGUAUAUUGCCCACCCCUAGUCUGUACUAGCAAAACAGUCUUGUAGCCUCGCGUCUGCUUCGUCCGACCACUUCUGCAUUGAGCGCAUCACUGGUACUUCCCGUUUGAGCUUUUGUUUGUUAACAGGAAGCAGGAGAAUACCUCUGCAUCUUAGCUAGAACAUUUGACAAUUUAAACCAGCUGCCUUGCUAACCACAGUUUCCCCCUUUCUAUCGACAUGCUCCACUCACAAGACUGCGUAUAGGUCCUACAUGUUUGUAGCUCUUCUCUUAGAAUGGUUGAGGACGUGUGAGGAUGGGGCUCAAAAGGUUUAGGUGAGGACAGAAUUUGAAUAUCAAAUGCUGCAACACAUAAAUGCCACCUGUGGAGCUUUGACUUCCAGAAUAAGAGUGCUGAUCUAGGAUCUGUUUUGCCUUAUAUAGAAGGGGAACCUGAUCCUAAAUCAGCACUCCUAUUCUGAGAUGCUUUGUGAAUACAGGUCCAGAGCUUUAUGCUUAUAUGCCCCUGGUCUCAUCUCUGUUCUACACAGGCCUUUCUCUCUGGACCACUUUGAUGACUACCAGAAGCACUUCACUGUCAUGAACUAUGCAGAGGGGGUCCAGCUCAAACAGGUAAUGAUUCCAAAGCAAACCCCUGCAUUCAUAGAAAGCAGACUAAGCCAACCGACUGAAAAGGACAAACACAUGCACAAAUGCUCAGAAAAGUAAACAAACACUUGUCAAAGAAAAUGCACACAAGGCAACAACACAAAAACACACACACAGCUGCAAUAAACACACACCACCUGAAUUACUUCCCUAAAUCUGAUACUCUGUCUGCCCCAGGUUCACUAUGAUGAAUUCAUACCCAUGUUUGAAAAGCAGUAUCCUCAGUAUCCAUGGAAAGAGGUUGAGGUAAACAGACACUUUUAAUGCUUCACUUGUCUGUCUGUAUGUGUGAGUUAAGCCGGGAGGACACUACAUGACUUUGAAAAUCCUAACAUCGCCUCUCACAUUAAACAACCGUCUUUCCUGUAGUUUUGUUAUGUUGCCAACGUAGUGGUGCACUAAACGAUGUGGCACAGAUGGGUUCACACUACAAGAUUCUUCACUUGGUCGUGAGGAUUGUCGAUACCACACUGCCUUGCAAAAACAAUGAUGUGAUUAGAUUUAACGUAGCUACAACGAGCUGUGGCUCAAAGCAGCCUCAUAAACGUUUUCAGUCAGACAUUCACUCUUGCCAUACAGAGUUGAAAUAUCUUGCCAACAAUUUGAAUUGAAUAACAUUGCUUAUGAACUUUAGAGCUGUAACGAUUUGAUGCUUUGGUUAAAGGCAAGUACUAACGCAUACUAGUAGUAGUCAUGGCUCCUGCUCCAAAGUCUACAAAUUCUGGGUGAUGCCAAACAACGUCAUCAUCUCACUGGCUUCUUCUCUGGUGAGCUCUCAUUGGCUAUUGCUGAUCAUCGUUCUCAAAAAUUGUUGUUGCACAUCUCACUACAAGAGCAUUGCAGAUUUUGUGCCGAUAAAAUCAAACAUGUUUGAAAAUAUCGAGACGUCUGGGACUGCUCAAAGACGAAAUCGGUAGUCCUCAGAUUACGUCUUUGACCCGCUCACAUUAAACGAGCGUUGGUGAUGGCCGCGCGCCCCGAGUAGGCAACGACAUGGGCAUAUUGUCUCUGAUCUCAAAAACGGGUCUAGGACAGAUAAAUCGUGGCCAAAAUCGUGUACUGUAGACCCAACUUUACUCUGUAGCUCUGUUAGAUAAUCAGUGUUGAGAUUAGUUACUUGUGAAAGUAAUAUAUUAGUCAUUGUUUAACAAAGUACAAUAUUACUUUGUGUGGAAAGUAACACAUUAUUACUUUGCGUUACUUUCAUGAUUUUUAAAAUGUUGUUUGACUGUCAUAGAGAACAAGGCGAGACGUGCAUGCGCUACCAAAGAUGGGCUACUUACUCAAAUCUAAUUUUAUUUGUCACAUGCUUUGUAGACAACAGGUGUAGACUAACAUUGAAAUUCUUACUUACAGGUCCUUUUCAAACAAUGUGGAGUUAAAGAUAAAAUAAAAUAAAAAAAUAUGAAUAGUGACACAAGGAAGAAAUACACAGUGAAUAAUGAAUAAAAAUAAAGAGUUAAAAUAACAUUGCUACAGUUGAAGUCGAAAGUUUACAUACACAUAGGUUGGAGUCAUUAAAAAAUAAACAUAGAUAUGGGUUGUAUUUACAAUGGUGUUUGUUCUUCACUGGUUGCCUUUUUCUUGUGGGUCACAUCUUGCUGCUGUGAUUUCUCCCUCUACCCCCUUCUCAUGCUUUACCCUUCCCCCUCUCUCCUCUCUCUCAGAGAGAGAUGUUCAAGGCAUUUGCAGAGCUCUUCCAGGUAGCCUCGUCUCGUCCAGCCCCCUACGGUUUCUGUGCCUACCCCUCCUCCCGGGCCAUCUACGCUGUAGACCUCAUGCUCAAGUGGGGCACCGGGGACAGAGGUGAGGCAUGGGUUUGUUAAUGAAUACUUAUCGCGUGUCUGUGUACGUGUCUGUACCUCCACGUGUGAGUAUGUGUGAGAGCUCUACAUUCCUCACACAUUCACAAGAUAGGCUAACAGUAUACACUGUGGGAACAGGAGGACGGCUGGUCUGGCCUUGAACUGGCUAACUGUUAUUGUCCAUCUAUUGUUUCUGAGACUGUAGCCAGUUCAAGGCCAGACUAGCUGUCCUCCUGUUCUCAGGGCAUAUACAAGGGAACGCAGCCAAAUCAGCCUCUUGUCUCUGUGACCGGACUAGUUGGACCAGUUAUAGGAGAUCCCCAUAACUGAUCAGGUUGUACAUGUCCUAAUGAUGACAUAAUGCAUCUGCACUGUGAGAAGUAAAGAUCCUGGUGUGAUGCAUGGGACUGGCAGUGUAAGGAAGGAAGGGAGAGGGAGGGAGCAGCAGAGGACCAGGACCAGCAGCAGCUGCAUAAAAUAUUUUUGCAUAAAGUAACACAUGCAUAGGCAUAAGGUUGUUACUCUGUAUUUUUGAUGUCCCUACAUUUACAGACCUAAAACUCAUGUAUGGCUACUGGGGCUUGUUGGGAAUAAUUUAUUUUUUCAAGGUGUGGAAAAUGCUGGAUAAAAGGAUGAAGCAAAUAAGUUCUAUAUUUUAAAAGGAUUAAUAGACACACACAUAUGGGGAGACAGACACGUUCCUCGGAAGGUCCAUACCAAUCUACUGAAGGACAAACCACUCAUUAUAUAUGUUGUAGAAAAUUAUCCUUAUCCUCAGUAAAACACAAAGUACUUCGAGUUUUUGUAGAAUUAAGAUAUACUUUAUUACACAAGCAAUAGAGCCAAAAAGGUCUGCAGAGCAACUGCCUUUCCAACUCUCAGCUCUCAGUUUAUAUACAUUUUCAUAAUAAUAAUAAUAAUAAUAAUAUGCCAUUUAGCAGACGCUUUUAUCCAAAGCGACUUACAGUCAUGCGUGCAUACAUUAUUAUUUUUUUGUGUAUGGGUGGUCCCGGGGAUCGAACCCACUACCUUGGCGUUACAAGCGCCGUGCUCUACCAGCUGAGCUACAGAGGACCAACAUUCAUCCUUCCUCAUAUUACACACCUUUUUAGCUUAAUCCCUCCCUGUUUAGUUCCUCCACCAUUGUUUCCAGUUUUCACACCUUGACCGCCCCGCCUACUUAUUUUAUAAUAGUGGCGCAAUCUGACUUAUUUUCCUUCUAUUCAAUCUGUUCUUUGAAACAAUGGUGGCGGGACCAAGCCCUGUCAUGUAAAAAAUAAGAGCCAGGUGGCUCUGUUCUGACCCUUUUAAUUGAUUCUUAAAAUAGCAGAUCCAUUUUUCUGAGCCUCAAUUAAUCCUUAAAAAUUGUAGGUCCAUUCCCUGAGCCAUUUCCUGGCUCUGUUUCAGGCCUCUUCCUUUUGCACCAUACUUAGCUUGUCAUGUUGUGAUUAACUAUGCUUAACUAUGUUCAACUGAAAAUCUCCAAUAUAUACACAUCUGAUCUCUGUUCGCUCUCCAAGUGCCUAGGCCCUGGUCAAAACAUCUCCACCCUCUGGGUCAGAGUAAACUAUCAUUUGAAUGUGCCUAUGGCUGAGUUACAGCUAUCGGCCGUAGCCUCAGGAAGGUUACCUAGGAUACCAAGUUCUGUUUUAUGGUGACGACUCCUAACUUCAGAGGUCACCCAGAUGCUACAACUUAAUUUAGUGGGCAUAAAGAAUUUAGGACCCAACAGGCUAGGGUGAGAGUGCAGUUGGUUAGUUGUCUGCUGUUAUUUCAAAUGUGGUCCUGUGUGGCUCAGUUGGUAGAGCAUGGCACUUGGAAUGCCAAGAGUCAUGGGUUCGAUUUCCGCUGGGGCCACCCAUACGGGAAAUGUAUGCAUGCAUGACUAACUCACUUUGGAUAAUAGUGUCUGCUAAAUAGCAAACGUUACGCUCUCAACUCUGUCAGAGGGAGAUUGGGGGGCUUAACAGUUGAUUAGUGAUGUAUAACACAGAUUCUGAUCCCUACAGAGGUUUAAACUGCAAAAAUCUCAGCGUGUAGGAAAACUGCUAUAUAUCUUAGUGGGAGUUUCCCGUAGUGAUAGUUUCCCCCAGGGGGAUAGGUACAAUGGCACUGUUCAUCUAUAAAUCAAUAGUGAUACCAUUGCAGAGUAUUACCAGUGUAGACAAUUGUACACUAAAUACCAUAUACUUAAUCAAAUUUCUCACACUUAAUUUGCAUUUCUUAAUUUCUCAUAAACCUCAUAUUUUAGUUGUAUUAUAUAAUAUAAGUUCCAUUUAAAUGUUAUCCAUUAUUAACCCUUGCUAAUAAUAUCCAGUGUAUGAUCUAACCCUCUAUGAUCUGUUCCUGGAUCAGGUGAACGUGUGAUGAAGCCUCAGAUCCUGGAGGUGAACUUCAGUCCAGACUGCGCCCGUGCCUGCCUCUAUCACCCUGGCUUCUACGACCACAUGUUCCAAACACUCUUCCUGGAUGAGGCUGAUCAGUGCCCUGUCACUCAGGUCUCAUGAUGACCUCUAACCCCUAUCCUCGAAUCCCUUCCAUAUUACGCAGUUGAAAAGGCCCAUUUGGACAAUUUGUGUUUCUUCUUUCUCGUAGGAAUUGAGAAUGAGUAAUGGUCUGGAUCUUUGACCCGUGUGCCGCAUUCGGUCUCCACAGAGGCCCGGAGGAUCGCACUUAAAAUUGAUUAUAUUUCCUCGCAAUCAAAAUUUGCAAAUAAAUUGUUUUUCAAUCACUUUUGGAAUUUUCUAUGCUCCCUGACUGUCUAG